AUGGACAACCUUCCCAGAGAUUUGAAAUUGGAAAUCCUUCUUCACUUGCCCAUCAAAUCUCUUUUGGGUCUAAAGUGCACUUCCAAAUCGUGGCUCUCUCUCAUCUCUAACCCUUACUUUGUGAAAUUGCAUUUUCAACGAUCUUCUCAACACCCGGAUCGAAUCCUUUACGCUGUUGGUUCACAAAUGUUAUCCAUAGAUUUCAACGCAUCCCUUCAUGACGAUUCUGCUGUUGUGAAGCUCGACCUUCCCUUUUUCAAAUCACACGUUGAUGUCGAUUUCAUGGCGACUUCUUGCCGAGGUUUUGUGUUUCUUGCUCCUACGAAUGAACAAAAAAUUUUCCUUUUGAAUCCUUCCACAAGGGUCUGCAAACAAAUCCCAGUACCUGAUCCACAUAACUCCAUAUUUCUAUACGGCUUUUGUUAUGAUGAGUUUGCUGAUGAUUACUUACUAGUGCUCGCAUCAAAAUACAAGAAGCUCGAUCCAUCAUCUGAUUUUCUUCUAGGUUUUGAUGUCUUCUCUAUCAGAACCAACUCAUGGCAAAAACAUGGCAACCUUAUCAUCAAUCAUGCGAAUGUCCCAACCGUUGGUUUCAUCUCAAACGAUGCUAUUCAUUGGAUAGUCCGAACCCCAUCUGCAGUGAAAAUGAUUGCAUUUGAUAUUACAACAAAAAAUCUACGUGAGGUUCCAAUGCCGUUUGAUUUUGAUGGAUGCUUCAUAGGAUUAUAUGAUCUGCGAGUACUUGAAGGAUGUCUCACUCUGAUUUUUAGUAGGGACGAUCAAGAUGAGAUGUGGGUGAUGAGAGAGUAUGGUGUGAAGUCAUCUUGGACUAAUUAUUAUAAGCUUUUCUCGUUGUCUUGUAAGAGGGAUAUCUGUUACAUAUUACCAUUAUGCUUCACCAAAGAUGGUCAACUUCUUGUAGUGGAUGACCAUAUAGGGUUAUCGAAAUGGAGUGACAAAGGAGAAUUGCAAGAACGUCGUCAAUAUUUCACGCAAGAAAUUACACGACGUCGUCCAUUAUGUUGUUGUCUGGGAUCUUGUUAUUACUCAGCAACUGCAUAUACUGAAACUUUACUUUCUCUCCCUUGAAUAGUUUGAUCAGGACAACUCAACAAACCAGCUUUCAUGCUUGUCAUACGCUGCAGCUUAUCAACAAAUCAGUAUUCCACCUCUAAUAGAUUGUGUUGAAGCUCUAAGAAUAUCAUACCGCUGUGUUAUUAAUC